CGACCCCGACAAAAACGACGCCUAAACACCAUUUCACUUGCCGUCGUUGCGGAGACACGACACAGAGAGAGAGAGAUCAAUGAUGAGUGGGAUUUCGGCUCCGCCACCUACCCUUUCUCCUUCUCAACUGAAAAUGAAAAGUAACAGUUGUGUUUCUCCCUCUACUUCUUCUGUUGCUUACUGCGUUUGUUCUCGACGCCCUUUUUAUUCUUCAGAAUCUGAAUUCAAGAGCAUUAGCCUCAGAGCAGGGUUCCCCAAGCUCAGUUUACAGUGUCGCAGCCGCAGAUCUGGAGCUCCUGAGCCAGGUGAUAAUGAUAACAGGACCAUUCUAGAUGCCUUUUUCUUAGGCAAGGCUGUGGCUGAAGCAAUUAAUCGACGCAUAGAAUCUACAGUUGGGGAGUUGUUGAGUGCAGUUGGCAAUCUGCAAGCUGAGCAACAAAAGCAAGUCCAAGAAUUCCAGGAGGAAGUGUUGGAGAGAGCAAAGCAGGCAAAGGAGAAAGCGGCACAUGAAGCCAUGGAAGCCCAAGGGAUUUUUACCAAUUCUACCACAGCAGCGACAUCGGUAUCCACUGAUGCGACCACAUUCAUUUCACCUUCAUCAUCUGAUUGAACCUCCACAACAAUUGGAGAGAAUUCAGCUGACAGAGAUCUUCUUAUUGGGAUGUUAAAUGAUGGUAGAAUUAUCCCUCCAUGGUUGUGUUACGAUAUUCGUCUGAUCCAUUCUAUUUGGAUUGGAGCAUAAUACUUGUCAUCAUUGAAAAAGGGAAUAUGUAUCCAUUUCUAACAAAUAGGUGUAACAUAUGCCUUUUAAACCUUGAUAAAACAUUAAAUUCCAGAGUUUAGUUGGGAAUUUACAUA